GCUCGUCUCAAUUGCCACGCGUUCUUCCAUGGCCCAAUCACCUCGCUUCCUCUCUCUCUCUCUCUAGCUUCUGUAAACUUCUUUCCCUCUCUCCCUUAAUGUUCUUCUGGAUCAGGUGGGUGUUCCCUAAAUUCAACUGAAAUUUCACAUUUCAAUCGAAUGCUCCUCCUGCCGCCGCUACCGCCGCCGCCAAUUUCAAGCGGUUGCGGUUGUGGGAGAGCUUAACGAGCGGGUUGGGAUUGGGAUUGGGAUUGGGAUUUAUUCUUCCUUCUUCUUUUCCCUCUGUACGCAUCCAUGUCUCCCGUCAAGUUAAUUUCUUCUGUUCAAUAUUCGUGCCAAGCUCCUGGGAAAUCGUGUCAAGUGUUGAUUAAUUGGGUAUUAUGGAGAAUUUGGAAUCGGUCUGUUUGAUGUGAUAAUGAUAUUGAUGGAUUGAUCGAGUGGGACGAGAUGAUUUUGCAGGAGAAGGAAACUUUUCUAGCACGAUGGCGGAGAACGGUUUUUCGAAUGCAACUUCCCUGUUGAACUCUGAGAAGGCGGUCCAGGAGCUUCUUCAACGGUCGCCAUUAAUGGAGACUGAUGAGCAUCUUAUUGAGUUUUCAGAGGCUUUGAGAACUGUUGCAAAAGCAUUAAGAAGGGCAGCUGAAGGAAAGGCUGCUGCACAAGCUGAGGCGGCUGAAUGGAAGCGCAAAUUUGAACUGGAGAGGACAAGGAAUCUUCAACUUGAACAUAAAGGGCAGCCACCUGCAGAACGCAACGGUUAUGAUAGUAAGAGAUCAAACAAUCUAACCCGGCAAGCCACCGAGCAAUCAGAUUGGUGUUGUGGAUCAAAUGGAAUAUGUUCUCAUGAAGUUCUUCAAGAUGGGGACGUCGAUUCUGUUUCUCAAAAGGGGUCCGGAAAAUAUACUCGAAAGGCACCAUUUGAACUUUCAUGGGGCUGUGAUAGCGAGCAUAGUGAUCGACACAAGCACGAUGUCGUCUCCUUUGAAAAAGGAAACAUAACAACUGCAGAGCGUAGCAGUAGACAGAUCUUUUUGAAGUGGGAAUCUCAACCUCAGACUGUGCUUAUAUUGACAAAACCAAACUCAAUAUCAGUUCGAAUUCUUUGUUUUGAGAUGAUCAGAUGGUUGAGAGAGCAUAAAGGUCUUCACAUUUACGUUGAACCACGUGUCAAAAACGAGCUUCUGACUGAGUCGGACUACUACAAUUUUGUCCAGACAUGGAAAGAUGACGAGGAAAUUAUGCUUCUGCACACGAAAGUUGAUCUUGUGGUUACUCUUGGUGGAGAUGGAACAGUGCUCUGGGCAGCAUCAAUGUUUAAAGGACCAGUUCCUCCACUUGUUCCGUUUUCUUUAGGGUCUCUGGGUUUUAUGACUCCUUUUCACAGUGAGCAUUACAGAGAAUGUUUGGAUUCAGUUCUAAAGGGUCCAAUUAGUAUCACAUUGCGACACCGACUGCAGUGCCAUGUUAUUCGAGAUGCAGCAAGAAACGAAUAUGAAACCGAAGAACCGAUACUCGUGCUGAAUGAGGUUACAAUUGAUCGUGGAAUGUCGUCAUACCUUACGAAUCUGGAAUGUUAUUGUGACCGUUCCUUUGUAACUUGUGUCCAAGGGGAUGGUCUGAUUCUAUCAACUACUUCUGGCAGCACAGCGUACUCAUUGGCUGCUGGAGGAUCAAUGGUUCAUCCUCAGGUUCCCGGCAUUCUAUUUACUCCGAUAUGUCCGCACUCCCUGUCUUUUCGACCCUUGAUAUUUCCCGAAUACGUAACGAUACGUAUACAUGUACCUUUCAAUAGCAGGGGGCAUGCAUGGGCAUCUUUUGAUGGGAAGGGCAGGAAGGAAUUGGGUGCAGGAGAUGCACUUGUAUGCAGCAUGGCACCUUGGCCAGUGCCUACAGCGUGCCAGGUCGACUCGACAAACGACUUCUUGCACAGCAUUCAUGAUGGCCUUCACUGGAAUCUAAGAAAGAAGCAGUCUUCCGAUGGACCUCGAGACACAUGACCGAAUCAGGUAGCUUCUUUAACUCCCCGAUUCUGCCUCGAAAACGAAUAGAUGUAGUAAGGGGAAAAAAGGAGAAAUAAAAUCACUGAAUAACAGUAGUUUUCUUCCGUAGUAUUUAUGGUUUAAGCUCAAGGCUCAAGCUGAUGUGAGCCCAUAUCCUAAUAAGUUGUAUUAUAGAAUUAGUGCUGACAAGUUUUUGAAUAAUAAGGAAUAGCUCAUUUUAAUCUUA